AUGAAUGAUUCGACACUGGUCUAUCCCUACAAUGGAAGCUUGUACGCAUAUAACGUCACCAACUUAUCAAGCGCUGAACCCGUACCGCCCGACAAUGUGAUAACAGGUGAUGGAUGGGAGGAUCCAAAACUUGUAACUGUUGUGAACGGCAAACUCCCAGGUCCAGAUAUAAUCGUGUAUGAGGGGCAAGACGUUGUGGUGCAUGUCAAGAACGGAUUGCGAAGCGAGGGGACUACCAUUCAUUGGCAUGGUCUGCCCCAGGUCGGAACCCCAUGGAUGGACGGUGUCCCUUACGUCACACAAUGUCCUAUACUACCAGGACAGUCCUUUACCUAUCGAGUAUCUAUCGAUGCUCACACAUUGACUGUUGUUGCAUCUGAUGGUUAUGACAUUGAUCCCGAGGAGAUGGAAUCAUUUGUCAUCAAUCCCGGCGAGAGGUUUGACUUCGAGAUCAUGGCCAAUCAGCCCGUCGUGUGGCGAUGA